AUGGAGAUUGCUGAGUUGCGUUCCAAGGCUGAUUCCGUCUCACAGAGCCUUCCCGAGGGUCACUCCUUCACCGCCGCCCCCGAAGGCUGGCCAAAGGACGCUGCUGCCUCCUACUGGUAUAGCCAAGUGGAGCUGACCACUCAUCAUCGACCCUUACGACGCAUAUGGAUGGGACCUCAAUUCACGUUUCGUAUUUACCCUUUCUCUGUGAGCAAGGUCCCGUUGUUUGCUAUUCAUUUCCCUACCACUGCUUGUCCCCACUUCUUCUCAUUUCUCUUAAGGAAGUCCUUCUGCAUAGGCCUAAGGAGUAGAUACGUGGAAGCCGCUGCAAGCUGA